ACUUGUCUGAUCUAAUCUAAACGGGCCUAUAAAAUGACGGCAGCAAUGAGGUGAGGAGGAGCAGCGUGCAUCUGCUCAUCUCCCCCAUUCCUCCAUCCUGCCGUUGCCACGUUCCCGUGUCGUUUUGCUCCUCACCCGCGAUCUCCUCUCCUCUCCGCCUAAACCCCCUCCCUCCUCCGCCUCGUUCACUCCGCCGCCGCCGCCGCCGCCAGAUCCAGCAGCUUCAGGUCGGGGCUGAACCUUGGACUUGGAGCGGCCAUGGCUUCGGACAACAUUGGCUCGAGAGAUGUAUGUGUUGUUGGGGUUGCACGCACCCCUAUGGGUGGUUUCCUAGGUGCCCUGUCUUCCUUGUCAGCUACCAAACUUGGUUCCAUAGCAAUUGAAGCUGCUCUGAAGAGGGCAAAUGUUGAUCCAGCCCUUGUGCAAGAGGUCUUCUUUGGUAAUGUGUUGAGUGCUAAUUUGGGGCAAGCUCCUGCAAGACAAGCUGCUUUAGGUGCAGGGAUACCAAACACAGUUGUUUGCAGCGCAGUUAACAAAGUUUGCGCAUCUGGCAUGAAAGCGACAAUGUUUGCAGCACAGUCAAUUCUAUUGGGCAUCAAUGAUAUUGUUGUAGCCGGUGGCAUGGAAAGCAUGUCUAAUGCUCCAAAAUACAUUGCUGAAGCUAGAAAAGGAUCUCGUUUUGGACAUGACACUCUUGUUGAUGGCAUGCUUAAAGAUGGCCUUUGGGAUGUAUACGGUGAUUUUGCCAUGGGAAAUUGUGCUGAGCUUUGUGCUGACAAUCAUGCUCUGACAAGGGAAGACCAGGAUGCCUAUGCUAUUCAAAGCAAUGAGCGUGGAAUUGCUGCUCGGAACAGUGGUGCUUUUGCAUGGGAGAUUGUUCCGAUUGAAGUUCCUGUUGGGAGAGGGAAACCACCGGUACUUGUUGACAAAGAUGAGGGCCUGGACAAGUUUGACCCAGUGAAACUGAAGAAGCUCCGUCCUAGUUUCAAGGAGAAUGGUGGUACUGUUACUGCUGGGAAUGCUUCUAGUAUAAGUGACGGUGCUGCCGCAUUAGUAUUGGUGAGUGGGCAGAAGGCACAAGAACUUGGACUGCAAGUUAUUGCACGAAUCAAAGGAUUUGCAGAUGCAGCUCAAGCUCCUGAAUUAUUUACCACUAGCCCGGCACUUGCCAUACCUAAGGCUCUUGCUAAUGCUGGCUUGGAGUCUUCUCGUGUUGAUUACUAUGAAAUUAAUGAAGCCUUUUCAGCUGUUGCACUUGCAAAUCAAAAGCUUCUUGGAAUUCCUUCAGAAAAAAUUAAUGUACAUGGAGGAGCUGUGUCUUUAGGACAUCCUCUUGGAUGCAGUGGUGCUCGAAUUUUGGUCACCCUGCUUGGUGUUCUUAGGGAGAAAGGUGGCAAAAUCGGAGUUGCUGGUGUUUGCAAUGGCGGAGGCGGAGCAUCUGCUCUCGUUCUCGAGCUUGCAUAAGAAGCCUUGUGAUCCAUCUCCAGUUCUCCAGGACGUUUGUGUACUCUAGUUUAUUUGAUUUUCUGCUUUAGCUGUUUGGACAUUCUUUUAUCUUAAUAAUUGGGUAAUAAAGUGUGUUUGUGGUGCCAAAGUUAAUCUGGUUUGUACUUUUUGUCAAAAUAUUUCUCCUGUAAGUGGUAAUAAUGUGGUAUGCAGCAGUCUUUAGGCUCAAUCAAUUGUCUAUAGAAGUUCUAGAUUCUUUUUUCUGCUACACAACUGGUAACGCUCAAAUGAAGCUUUUGUGUUAGCCAGCACAUUUUUAGUGGACUAUAUCUAUCGAGAGGCCUAUCUACACAGGAAUUAUGGACA